CUAAUACAAUAUUAUUUCGACUUUUUAAAUCUUUUAAUCGCUCUUUAUGUAAAUCUGAAGUUUUCGUUAAGUGUUUUUUCACUUAAGGAUAGGAUAGAAGAAGUGGAAAGACUGACGUGUCCCAGCUUGACGUUUCACUGCCUGCCUACCUUGUCGCAUGCGUAUUCCUAUUAAAUUGUGAAGUGAGAUUGGGAACUGUACCGGUUAAAAUGAGUAACAUUUUUUUCAAAAAUACAACUUUUAUGAAUACUUUAUUAGUGAUAGUCGUAUUUAUAUGUGAAAUACUGUCAUCAGAAGUUCCUAGACCUAGAGGAGUGUCUCUUUCUCGUGCCUCUUUGUAUCCAGCAGACAAAGACUUUACGUGUUUCGACGGAAGCAAAACUAUACCGUUUACAAGAGUAAAUGAUGAUUAUUGUGACUGUUUAGAUGCUAGUGACGAGCCAGGAACAUCAGCUUGUCCCCACGGUAUAUUCCACUGUACAAAUGCGGGACAUAGACCGUUAAAUUUGCCUUCAAAUAGGGUCAAUGAUGGUAUCUGUGAUUGCUGUGAUGGCACUGAUGAGUAUGCUUCCGAAACGUCGUGUCAGAAUAAUUGUAUUGAGCUGGGGCGAAGCGCCAGGGAUGCUGCGAUACGUAAGGCUGAGUUAGUAAAGGCUGGCAAACAAAUAAGGACGGAGAUGAGCGAAAAGGGUAUUCAAUUGAAACAGGAAAAGCAAGCUAAACUGACUGAACUGCAGAAGAACAAAGAAGAAGCAGAAAAACUGAAGUUAGAAAAGGAAGCUUUGAAAAAGGAAAUCGAAGAACUAGAAAGCACAGCAUUAGAAUACUACAGAAAAUUGGAAGAUGAAGAAAAACAGAAGAGAGAGGAAGAAGAAGCUCAAGCUCAAAAAGGCGAGGCCACAGAGUAUUUCAAUAAGUAUGAUGCAAAUCAAGAUGGAUGGUUGGAAGUGGCUGAAGUGAAAUCUAGGAUAGCUUUUGAUAGAGAUAAUAAUGGCGAAGUUACUGAUGACGAAGCCAAAUUUUACUUAAAUCUUCAAGAAUCUGUGGACUUGGAAACCUUCGUAAACAAAUGUUGGAAGAAUUUAAGACCUUUCGUAAUGAUAGAAACUGGUAGGCUAAAGGACCAGGAGCAUGAGAAAGAGGAAGAGAAAAGCGAAGCUGAAGACAUGCAUGAGAGUGAUGAACAUGAAGCUGAUGAAGAUAGUGAAGACCACGAUUAUGAAGAUGAGGAAGAACAAGAGCCCCAAGAACCGGAACCCACAACAACCACUGCAGCCCCACCAGCCAUCAAGUACGACGAUGAGACUCAACAACUGGUAGAUCGAGCAACAGCGGCGCGCAAUGAAUACCAUGAAGCCAACAGAGCCGUCGGAGACAUUGAACGAGAAAUAACCAGAAUAGAAGAAUAUUUAGAAAAAGAUUUCGGCGUAGAAGAAGAAUUCGCAGACCUAGAAGGCCAGUGCUUCGAUUACGAAGACCACGAAUACAUCUACAAAUUGUGUCCGUUCGAUAGAACGACCCAACAGCCAAAAUCGGGCGCUUCCGAUGUCCGAUUAGGUAGUUGGGGCCAUUGGUCAGGUAGCGAGCCCAAUAAGUACGAGCAAAUGACCUACGACAAAGGUCAGACGUGCUGGAACGGUCCUCAACGAUCCACCGUAGUCAAAGUGUCUUGCAGCGGUGAAAAUAAACUUAUUAGUGUUUCAGAACCUAAUAGAUGUGAAUAUUUCUUCGAAUUUACCACUCCGGCCGCUUGUUACGAAGCCCCUCCAUCGGACAACGAAGACUUGCAUGACGAAUUGUGAGACUUAGUGAAAUUUUUAUAUGAUAGGGCCAAGUCUUUUGUUGGUAUUUUGUUUAUUCCUGAUAUUUUAUUGUGAUCAUAAUACAUAAACAGUUCUGUAAUGAUUUUCACUUUUCUAAGCGUAUUUGUAGCGUUGGAAAUAUAACACAGCUAGUCUUUUUUUUUGUAAAUUUUUAAUGCUACUAAUAUUAAUUUAUAUACGAAUAUAUUUUUACCACAAAAUACUACGUACCUUGGUUUCCAUUGUAUAAAAUACUAACAUAUUGCAUAUCAUUUGGACACAUUUUUCUUAAUUAUUAGUAAAAAUUGUUCAAGCUGUCAUAAUUUAUGAUAAUAAAUGUUGUUUUUUCCAUUUUUCUCACAAAUGAAAGUAAAAGCUUUUGGUUUUGUAAUUUUUCAUAUUUCCCUUCUACCAAUUCAUUAUUACUAGUAAUGAAUCUGAUAUUGGCUUUACACUAUUUAACGCAGAUCUUA